AUGGGUUGGCUCGCGCCUGUCGUCAUCAGAGCCAAAAUCCUGAUCCAGACGACGUGGCUUCAACGGCUGGAUUGGGACUCUCCGCUGCCUGAUCAGGACGCACACCGCUGGAGGCAGUUGUUGGAUCAGCUUCCUCUAUUGGAUAACAUUCGUGUAACUCGCUGGCUCAACACCGGGGACGACCAUUCGCAACUGCAGCUCCAUGGGUUUGCCGACGCUUCAGAGCGAGGAUACGCCGCCGUGGUGUACAUCCGCAACGCUGCAACAGAAAAAACGUCAAUCAACCUAUUGAUGGCAAAAUCGAAGGUCGCGCCUGUCAAGCAGGUGUCGUUACCUCGCUUGGAACUCUGUGCAGCAGCUCUACUUACCACGCUCAUGCUCCACGUGCGCGCUACUCUCGGUUUGACAACGACGCCGGUGCAUCUGUGGUCAGAUUCAAGGGUCACACUUCAUUGGAUCCGCGGACACAGCACUCGUUGGAAAACCUUCGUCGCCAACCGAGUAUCUCAGAUCCAGACCCUGCUUCCAGACGCUCAAUGGAGACACGUCGCUGGACGAGAGAAUCCUGCAGAUUGCGCAUCGCGCGGUGUUACUCCUGCUGAAUUAAUCAAUCAUGAGUUGUGGUGGACAGGACCUACCUGGCUCUCAGGAGACGAGACUGCAUGGCCGGGUUCAAACAUCGACGUCCCAGAGGAUGACCUCCCGGAGCAGCGAGCCACCGGUCUGGUAAUCAAGGCACCGGUCUCGGCAGAACCUGACCUCCUCCUCCGAUUUCCAACGCUGCACAGGCUGCUGCGGGUUACGGCAUGGUGUCGGCGAUGGCUCAAUAAGGCGAGACGUGACGCCAUACCUGGCCGUCUAUUGCAUCCGGACGAGCUGGACGUCGCCUUAUUUCGAUGGCUGCGAGUGGUGCAGGCGCUCCACUUUCCUACGGACGUAGCUGCGGCUUCUGCUGGACGCACUAGCCCACCACGAAGCCACCUAGCGAUGUUGAGUCCGGUCCUCGAUGAUCAAGGCGUGCUGCGCGUCGGAGGACGUCUCAAACAUGCUCAGCUACCACUCGACGAGAAACAUCCAAUGAUCAUCCCGGCGGCAUCAUGGUUGACUCGGCUGGUGAUCGAUUCCUGCCACCGACGGACGCUGCACGGAGGUGUGCAACUGACUCUCGGCCUGCUCCGCCUGCGCUUCUGGGUGCCUCGAGGAAGGACUACCGUCAAACAGCAGCUACACCGAUGCAUAACCUGCACUCGAUGGCGCGCCGCCACACCACAGCCUCCGAUGGAUGAUCCAGAGGACGUUUCGGCGCUGACCCCGGUCACUUCCUCAUCGGGACACCGCUCCUCGCCUUGUCAGAACCGUCAUUGA